ACAAGAAAGGAGCGCCUGGCCACUUACAGGACGCUGGACAGUGGUACAAUAACCAGUAUAAAUGUCAGCAGGGAGGGCUGAGGGCGGCCUGGGGAGGACAAAGCACUCUGGAGCCAGAGGAGCCGCCUCCUGAGAUGGAGAAGUUCAAGGCUGCCAUGCUGCUGGGGAGUGUGGGCGAUGCACUCGGCUUCGGGAACGUCUGCAGGGAGAACAGUGCUUCGGGCUCCAUCCAGGAGGAGCUGCAGAAGGUUGGGGGGCUGGACCACCUUGUGCUAUCUCCAGGGAAGUGGCCAGUGAGUGACAACACCAUCAUGCACAUGGUGACUGCUGAGGCCCUCACCACAGACUACUGGUGCCUGGACGACCUAUACCGUGAGAUGGUGAGGUGCUACGUGGAAACUGUCGAGAAGCUUCCAGAGCGCCGACCUGACCCCGCCACUGUGGAGGGCUGCUCACAGCUGAAGCCAGAUAACUACCUGCUGGCCUGGCACACGCCCUUCAGUGAAAAGGGCUCGGGGUUCGGAGCGGCCACCAAAGCCAUGUGCAUUGGCAUGCGGUACUGGAAGCCAGAGCGGCUGGAGACCCUGGUGGAGGUCAGCAUCGAGUGCGGCCGGAUGACCCACAACCAUCCCACAGGCUUCCUCGGGUCCCUGUGCACAGCCCUGUUUGCAUCCUAUGCGGUGCAAGGAAAGCCGCUGGUGCAGUGGGGGAGAGACAUGCUGAGGGCUGUUCCGCUGGCCGAGGAGUACUGCAAGAGGACCAUCCGGCACAUGGCAGAGUACCAGGAGCACUGGUUUUACUUUGAAGCUAAAUGGCAGUUCUAUUUGGAGGAGAGAAAAAUCAGUGAUGACACAGAAAAUAAAGCCUACUUUCCCGACAACUAUGACAACGCAGAGGAGAGGGACAAGAUUUAUAAGAAGUGGAGCUCAGAAGGCCGAGGGGGACGACGGGGCCACGACGCACCCAUGAUUGCCUAUGAUGCCCUCCUUGCAGCAGGGAGCAGCUGGGCUGAGCUGUGCCACCGCGCCAUGUUCCACAGAGGUGAGAGUGGCGCGACAGGAGCAAUCGCUGGCUGCCUAUUUGGGCUGCUGCACGGCCUGGACACCGUCCCCCGGGGCCUGUACCAGGAGCUGGAGCACAGGGCCAGACUGGAGGAGCUGGGCACCGCGCUGCACCGCCUGUCCACAGAGGAGAAGUAACGCGCGUCCGCGGGCCCCCAGAGGGCGCCCUGGGGUCUACACAUACAUACAGGCGUGCACACAUGCAUGUGCACACACACUUGAGCCCCCGCCCAGGGCGAGGGUGUACUGCGCCGCAAUUACACGUUAACCCCCUUCUGAAUACCACGUGCUGUAUAAAGUACAUUGUUUGUCCAGCCAGAAUAUUUUUCCUGACCUCACUGGAGCCUAGAGCUUUUUGAUGUUAUCCUGGCCUUGCUACGCUUGGGUCUGCAAAUAUAGCACUAAGAGUAGUCUCCCGGACGUGGUAUAAGUUACUCUGUGCAGACGAAUGAAUGCCAUUUGCUCACUUACUUGAACACUAACCGCAAUGCCUCUCCUUUCGAGCACCUGCCUCACUCUCUCUGCCUCCCUGAUGUGGGUCUGAAUGGCUGGGACACCUGCAGCCUCCUAGUGCUUUAAGGGGUGGCUGUCCUCACCGUCAGGGGACGCCCAUGCCAGGUGCCACCGGGAAGCCAGAGGCUGUGCAUUUUGUCUCACCAGCCUUCAGAACAGCUCCCUGAGAAGGCCAGGAGCAAAGGUUUCCUGCUGCCGCCUGCCUGGUCCCCUUGGUCCUCUUGUCACGCCACCCUGGGGUGGCCUGCAGUGGGGUGGGCCCAAUGGGGCUGACUGCCUAACGGCUUUGGGCACAUCUGCUGCACUGGGCAUGGCCAGCCAGCCUGUGGGUGUAGCUCAGAGCCGUGGGCAGGCGAUAGCAUGGCCUGGCUGAUGGUGUGAACAAGGCCAGGCUUCCCCUCUCUCAGGCCCAGCUUCUGGCACAGCUGUGGGCGGCACAGUGAGGGCACCACCCCCCAGGUUGUCAUCUUGGGUUCUGAUCGGCCCUGUCCUCUCCCCAUCUUAGUUGUGGCUCAGAGCGGAUCAGGCAAUGACCUGUUUUCAGCCAGAACCGGGAAAGCAAAGGCUGCACGCAUAAUCCAGAAGAGUGGCCUUUUAGGAGAAGAGUCCCGCUGGGUGUGCUGGGCACACAUAGGCCUUCAUGGUGCCCCAGCUCUGGUGAGAAGCUGCAGGGGCCUCCCUCCUCAGCCCCUUCUUCCCAGCCUUGUCCAGCUCUGCCGCCUCCCUGAAACGGCUACCCACACUCAGUGUUCGAUGGACCAUGGUUUCCUGUCUUUGGCACUGGGGACUGAGUCCAGGGUGCUUUACCACUGGACACACCCUCACUCUUUUUCUAUUUUUUUAUGCUCAGACAGGGUCUCCCCAAGUUGUCAGAGCCUCAAACUUGUGAUUCUCCUGCCUCAGCUUCCUGCGUAGCUGGGACUGCAUGCACUGCACCUGGCUUGUUUCCAUUUCUUAACAUUUAAUCCUCUGUUCUUUAUGGUUACUUUCAAUGUACUUUCUCACUUCUUCUGAAAAGAAAUCAAUCUGCCAACAGCACAGUGAUGCUAUAUUGCUGGGACGUGGGUUUGUUUUGCUUUGAGAUUUCUGACAUUGUGAUGCAUCCUGUGUUAUUGUGCUCUGUAGUUUCAUUGGUGGAAUUCUUUCUCUGAGACCUAA